GUAUGUGAAAAGUGAUAAGAUGAGUGCGUUUGAAGUGAUUCUGUGGACAAGUAUCGUUCUGCUGUACCUUUGGAAAGGUCUAAAGCAGUACUUGCAGUACUUUUGGCUGUCCAAAAGAGUCUCUUAUAUCGCCGGAUCGCCGAUGGUUGGUGCACUUAAGGAUGUUCUGUUGAACCGAACUAGCUUUCCACAAAUGUUUGUGGAUCUCUACAAUGAACCGAAGACGAGGAAUGACGCAGUGAGCGGAUUCUACUUCUUCCAAAAGCCAUGUCUUCUCAUUCGCGAUCCAGAGCUCAUCAAGCGUAUUCUCGUGAAGGAUUUCUCUCAAUUCUCAGACAGAAGGAUGCGUUCGGAUCCCAAAUCUGAUCCCAUUGGAACAUAUAACCUUCUGGCUGCUAAAGGAGACACUUGGAAGAGUAUCAGGAGCAAUUUGACCCCAAUUUUUACCAUGCAUAAGAUGAAAAACUUCUUCAAACUUAUCUCCGACGUUUGUGAGGAUCUGAGAGACAAACUGGCCAAAGAUAUCCCUUCCAAAGGUUCUGCAGAACUUAACAUUAAGGAAGUGGCCGCUCUUUAUACCAUAGAAACGAUUGCUUCGAGUGCUUUUGGAUUCAAAAUCAAUUCAUUCAAUAAUCCAGAUUGUGAUUUCCAUAGAAAUGUUCACGAAAUUAUCAAUCCAUCGAAUUUAAAACAAAAACUCAAACUUGCAGCUUGUUUCUUCUUCCCGGAGUUUGCCAGUGUGCUUCAGUUAAAAUUCGUAGCUAAAGAAGCACAAGAAUUUCUGAAAGCAAGCGUUCUGGGUGUUAUGGAAGAGAGGGAAAAGAGUGGUCUUAAGAGAAAUGAUUUAAUUGACGCUAUGAUAGUCAUGAAGAACACUCAAAAGGACAUUUUUCACACAAACGCUAUACUCGCUCAAGCAGGACUUUUCUUAGUCGCUGGCUAUGAGACCUCGUCCUCAGUGCUGUCCUUCGCUCUGUACGAACUGGCCAGGCAUCAGGACAAGCAGGAGACACUAAGAAAAGAACUCAUGGACUUCGCCGGCAGUGAAAAAGAAAUUCCAUUUGAAAAUUUGAACAACUUAAAGUAUCUUGACAUGGUUUUUCAAGAAAUUCUCCGAUUGUAUCCGAGUCUUCCUUUCCUGGAGCGCAUUUGUCAACCUUCGGCUGGCGCAAAAACUUAUUCUUUGGCGCCUGUACAUGAGUUUUCGGUACCUAAAGGGAUGCCGGUCUACAUUCCAGUGAUUUCCGUCCAGAGAGAUCCUAAAUUCUUCCCGGAUCCACUUUCCUUCCGUCCCGAGCGAUUUGCCGCCACCGCCGAUCCUCCGAUUGAUCCACGCCUCUUGCUAGGCUUCGGACAAGGCCCCAGACAUUGCUUAGGAUCACGCUUGGGGGCGCUGCAAGUGAAGAUGGCGCUGAUAACGAUCUUGCUUAAGUAUCGAUUAUCUGUUUGCGAGAAAACUCCCCAAAAAGUUUUGUUUACUAGGAAAACAGUGCUUACGCAGUCAGAAAAACCUCUCAUUGUCAAUUUUACGGAGAUUUGAUUAUGUCAAUAAAGCGAAAAAGGUAUUAAAAAAAAACUUCGACUUACAA